CUUACACUAAUGUUUUGGGAAGCUGUUUCUUGUCAAGCAACUGUAGGUUAGCUAAGCUAACGUUAGCAAGCUAGCGUUAGGAGUUGGUCAGUUGUUAGGCUGGUCACUUGUAACAGCUAAUGUUUGUUUUUUAUAACUGCUGGGGGUUGUACAUGUUUGUGGAUAAAUCUAAAUUGAGAACCCAUAAGACAGUGUCAGCAAGCCAACUACAAACGUUUUUGACAUCAUUUUCUGCUGCAAGUCAUAAAUUGACCAUGUUAUACCCAAAACACGUACAGAGAGAUGCACAAAGAGACGCAAAACAACUAACAAACACAAGAAAUGCAAAAGGACCUGAAAGAGACACAAAAUUGGCUUCAGACUCCAAAAGGGAGCAGUUUCGGAGAUACUUGGAGAAAGCUGGUGUUGUUGACAGUCUUACCAGUGUUCUGGUUGCUUUGUAUGAACAACCUGAAAGGCCCGGUAAUGCUCUGGAAUUUGUGAAGCAGCAUCUCGGUGCCGCUGGCCAGACUUCAUCAGACACAGAGGCUCUGCAGCAGGAGGUGAUUGACCUGAGGCAGAGGUGUGCACGUCUGGCAGAGGAAAACAAAGACCUCAAAACAAGGCUGCAAUGUUAUGAACCCGUAUCAGAAGAUGGAGCCAAAGCUGAGUAGACCACAGCAGAGCUUUGGGUUGAUAAAUGAUUCUCUGUUUUUUUUUCCCUCGACAUUACUUGCACUUUGAAUUUCAAGACAAGACGACGCUGUUAAAGUGAAAGCCAAGAAUUUUUAUAUUGCCCUGCUGUUUUUGUAAAUCUUUGUUCCUGCUUUGUUUCUUAGAAUCUAACUUAUUCUGUACGUAUAUGUAUAUUUUUGUCUUGCUAAUUCAGUCCUUAGUGUAGCUUUACUGAGAAAGUGUCUUCUGUAUGACUGUGGACAAGUCGCUUCUUAACAUGAGACGUAAUUUUUGUUUUUGUUUAGUUUUUUUUUUUUUUGAGAAGUUGAUGAAGGGGUUCCAUAACCAGUAUUUGAUUAUACUUCUGAUAAUUUUUAUUUUUCUGACAUUGUGAUAAAAAUGCAUUAUAAAGACACGCUUACGUUUUAUUUCAAAAGGUGUAAGUGAAUGUUUGUAAAAAGCACAAAAAUGUAUAUCACAUGUAAAAUAAAGCACAGUAUUAUAAUUAA